AAAUUAUCUCAAACAUACUAAUUUUUUUACAUCAUAUUUUAACCAAAAAACUAAAAAACUAAAAAAUUACUAAAAAAAUCUGUUCUUAAACGAAACCUAAGUCCAAUUAUUAAAAGCUAUUUAGUAGUUUAUCCAAAAUGCAAGCUAUUUAGUAGUUUAUCCAAAAUGCGAAUCUAAACUAAUAACAAUGAGUCACUAUUCAUCACCAGCAACAAUAUAAAUAAAUAAUCUCUUAAAACAACAAUAAAAAUUUAACAUGGAAUUAUAAAUCCAUAAAUAAUAUAAAACUAAAAUUUUUUGAAGCUCCAAAUCAAAGUCCAAUUUUUUUUUUUUUGAUUUCGAAUCUACUUUCUCAAUCAAAAUCCUAGCUUUAUAAUCUAGAUUAAAAAUUAGAUUUCAAGUUUGGAGGAGGAACCUGGUUCAAUCUAUGGCGUGAAAGAGCUCCGGCGGACAACAAUGGCCGAUGGACGGUGGCCGCCGGUGGAGAACGGCGACGGUGGCUGAGAUGGUUAACCGGAAAACAUCAAAGAGCUCUAGUUGGUACGGUAGGUUUGUUAGUUAAAUGAACUAAUCCUUAGUCUUGAGAAGAAAAGAAGCUGACUGACCUGUUACCAAUCUUUGUAGUAUAGUGUUGCAUACGUGUUUCCAGUCAUGUGGUCGGUACCCACCUGCUGCGUUUUUACACAUAACACAUACAUCUCUAGUGUAUGCCGUCUUCUUCAUGUUAUUUGCUACCCAGAGGCCUUUCUCUCUCCCAAAUCCAGAAUUUCAUCCCUAAGAAAUGGAAACAAAGUGUCAAACCAUCAGAAACUCAAAACACUAACCCGUCUGACUUAUAUAAUUACCGAGAUUCAUUGCUAGUAGCAUCUCCAACCAGUGAACUUGAUGGUUAUAUGGUUGAUUCUCUUCUCACAUCUCUCAAAGAUUUUGUUGCCAAAGGCCAUCUGUUUCAAGCCUUCCAGACCUUCACUCUCCUCCAAUGCCAUUCUUCUUCUUCUUAUUGUAUUUCUUCUGACCUUAUUUUGCAUUCCAUAUCUUCUCUUUUGAUAUCUUGCACCAACUUAAAGUCACUUUCACAGGGUAAACAACUCCAUGCCUAUAUUAUAUCUUCCGGUUUUGAAGAACAUCCCAUAUUGGUUCCGAAGCUGAUUACCUUUUACUCAACCUUUAAUCUCUUUGCUGAUGCCCAUGUUAUUACUGAAACGUCAAAAAUAUUGCACCCUUUGCCCUGGAAUUUGCUUAUCUCUUCUUAUGUUAGAAAGGGGCUUUCUGGGGGGGCUCUAUCUACCUAUAGACAAAUGGUGAACAAGGGAAUUAGAGCCGAUAACUUUACUUUCCCAUCAGUUCUCAAGGCUUGUGGUCAAGAACAAAAUAUGGAUUUUGGGAGGGUGGUUCAUAAGUCUAUUGAUGCUAGCUGCCUUGAGUGCUUGUUUGUGCAAAAUGCUUUAGUCUCCAUGUAUGGGGCGUGUGGGGAAGUUGAUUAUGCUCGGAAGCUGUUUGACAAAAUGCCUGAAAAGGAUGCAGUUACUUGGAACUCAAUGAUCUCUGGAUAUGCCUCCAAGGGUAUGUGGGGAGAAGCUUUUGAGCUUUUUGAAGGCAUGAGAAUGGAGGGAAUAGAAUUGAAUAUCAUAACAUGGAAUACCAUAGCUGGAGGGUGCUUGAAAACAGGAAACUAUAUUUGGGCACUUGAAUUGCUUUCUCAGAUGGUGACUUGUGGCAUUCUUCUGGAUUCUGUUGCAGCACUUAUUGGUUUGGGAGCAUGUUCCCAUGUGGGUUUAUUAAAAUUGGGGAAAGAGAUUCAUUGUGUAGCUAUUCGUAGUCAUUUUGCUGAGUUUGAUAAUGUAAAAAAUGCUUUGAUCAAUAUGUAUGCCAGGUGCAAAGACCUUGGGCAUGCAAAUAUUUUGUUCUGGUCAGUAGAAGCUAAAAGUGUAAUUAGUUGGAACUCCAUUAUUUCGGGUUACACGUAUUGGGACUGCUCUGAGGAAGCCUCCUUUCUAUUUAGGGAAAUGUUGCUUUCUGGGAUUGAACCUAAUUAUGUGACAAUCGCAAGUGUUCUUCCCCUCUGUGCCCGUGUGGCAAAUCUGCAACAUGGUAAAGAGUUUCAUUGCUACAUUACAAGGCGUGCAGGGUUCAAGGAUUAUUUACUACUUUGGAAUGCUCUUGUGGAUAUGUAUGCCUGAUCUGGAAAAGUUUUACAAGCAAAAAGACUGUUUGAUUUGUUGAGCAAGAAGGAUGAAGUGACUUACACUUCAUUAAUAGCUGGGUAUGGGAUACAAGGAGAGGGACAUGCUGCAGUAGAACUAUUUGAAGAGAUGAUCAGGUGCCAGAUAAAACCGGACCAUGUAACCAUGGUUGCUAUUUUAUCAGCAUGUAGUCAUUCGGGUCUUGUAAUCCAAGGUCAAAUGCUAUUUAAAAAGAUGCUGCACGUCUAUGGUUUAACUCCGAGACUGGAGCACUAUGCUUGCAUGGUUGAUCUCUUUGGUAGGGCUGGUUUACUGAAGAAAGCAAAAGGGAUUAUCACAAGGAUGCCUUACCAGCCAAGCGCUGCAAUGUGGGCCACUCUUAUUGGAGCAUGUUGCAUCCAUGGAAACACAGAGAUAGGGGAAUGGGCAGCUGAGAAAUUGUUGGAAAUGAGGCCUGAAAAUUCAGGAUACUAUGUUCUGAUUGCUAACAUGUAUGCUGCUGCUGGAUGUUGGAACAAGUUAGCUAGAGUGAGAACUUUCAUGAGGGACUUAGGUGUGAGAAAGGCUCCAGGCUGUGCUUGGGUUGCUGUGGGUUCUGGAUUUUCUCCCUUUUUGGUGGGGGACACAUCAAAUCCCCAAGCACACGAGAUUUACCCUUUAUUGGGGGGAUUGAUCAAGCAAAUGAAAGAUGCUGGUUAUGUUGUUGCAGAGGAUGUUGAUUUAGAUAAUGAAUUUGAGCAAUAUAAUCAGCAACAAUACUUCUGUUAGAAAAUUAAGUUGUUGCAUAUUUCAUGCGCAUUGUCCUCAAGAGCCUUCUGAAAUGCCAUUCUUGGUUCAUAUGGUAAUAACCUUGAAAAUUUAUGAAAUUUAAAUAGUCUUCAUUUUCUUUUGGUUUUCUUUCAUAAGUAUUAUAGAUAGUUGUUUUUUGGCCUUCAAUGAAGUUAUUUAUUUUAUUAGUUAUGGUUAUUUUUUUUGUUUGAUGUAUAUUUUUGUGGCUGUUCUGGCUUUUCUCAUAUAUGCUUUGUCUCUCUAAUUGGUAAGCGCUGUUCGAAUUAUCCCCACCCUUACUUUUUUUAGAGCUAGAUUUGCACAUAAACAUGUGGCUUACUUUUAUUCCACAUGUUCAUUAACAGGGAGGAUUGGUUUAUAUGUUUAGUAUAUAAAAGUUUUACACAAUCCGUUUCAUAUGCCUCAGUGCACCAUAUUUGUGGAUUAAUUGUGAGAAUUGGUUUUAUGCUUAGUGUAUGAGGAUUUCGUUUAAUAUGUUAUGUUUCGAAACCUAUUUAUGGUCACAUGCCUUUGUGUGCCAUACAGACAUGUAUGGCUUCUAUUUCGUUUAAUAUGUUAGUAUUUUUUUUCUUCUCUGUUUUGGACCUGAGAUUCUUAUUUCAAUGGUCUAGUGGAUCUGUUUUAGGGUUUAGCUAUUUUUGUAGGCUUUAGAAGUUAGCUUUUUUGAUAGGCCUUAGCCUUCUCAAUUUUCUUUUCCUUUUUUCAUGACUGUCUCCUAUAUUUAGCCUUCUCAAUCUCAUCCAAAUAUAUUUCACUUUCCCAUGAGCUAUCUCACAACUCCCUUUCCACUAAAAAAUAAAAAAUUAAUUGACAUGCUGUGAUAAGUUUCAAAACCAGGAGUAUCCCACUUUGUAAGUUGUUGAGAUGUUCAAUUUGAAAUGCUUUUACUUAAGAUGAAGACUACAGA